ACGUCAUGAAGGCAAAACCACACGGGCAGUUUCUCCGCAAUUCUUCAACCUGAAAAAAAGCACCCCGACCUAUCUCUCCCAGCACCUUUGGCUACAGAGAAAAUCAUAAACCGAAUCCUUUCACUGUCAGGUCCAUUGUAAGUAGCAUCAACUCCGUGGAUAACAGCUCACUAAAAAUACGCGGGACAUUUCAAGAACGCAAGACCGGGCUGAGGCAUUCAAGUUGCAAGCCAAUAGAACAGUGAAACAAAAGACCUGUUGCGCGUGCUCUAGGUGCACCGGACACUGUGAGUGCAGCUCUCCAAGAAUUCCUCGAGAACAAACAACGAACCGAACUGAAUGUCAAACGAAUCAAUGAACCAGUGGAGAAGAAUUGUCUGAGAACCACGUGUUUCCCCACAGUGAGAAAUUCUGCUUGCUAGCUAUCAUUUCGUCGCGGACAUCUUUGAAUGACGAUUGCCAAAACAGCAACGCUGCCAUACAAACAUGAAUUUACACCACUGGAAGUAAACAGCCGAGCCAUUGCGAGCUCUCUGGACACUAUUUGAUACAGACGAAAACAUGGGAUUCAUUAAAUGGCUUUGAAAAGGCAACGGCCUUGCUUUUGGGAAUUGUGUGCAUCAAUGUGAUUAGUGACAGCACGGAGACGGCGGAUGUCUUCAAAAAUCAACCCACGUCUCUACUCAUCAGUAUUUCGAGUGCCAUGAAACCGUGGUUUCCAUCGACAGGGACAUUAGGACAAUGCAGUACAUUAUGAUAGAUUUAUCAUUGUAGGGACCUGAUCGACAGGGAAUAUGUACCGUGAGAUUGUCAACUCAAUCGAAGGAAUACCCAAGACUGAUUUCCCACUCAUCUGCGAUUCUUGAUAAAGAGGAGAAGUGGUAGAGACAUCCAGGAGGCCGACUGGGAAAGAGCUGAUUCAACAAUGUUUCGCCCUUGUCAAUCACGUGACCUUCCCAAGUCUGAUAAUUUGGACACAACGUUGCAAGUUGUUUCAGGUUCAAGUACAAAUUUGCCUUCGAACAGUCAGCAUUGAUGUCCUGCAGUUAGCUUUUAAACCAAGUGUUUCUGCGUACAAGGAGGAUGUCUGUCUCUCUGAAAAUCUGGAAACAUUUGGGAAGAACUCAGGAAGGAGGCCGUUUCUGAUGGCUUUGUUCUUACGGCGUUGUUGACAGCAGUUCGUGCCCAACAAUGAUGUACAUAGCUUGGAGUCUGCGGUGUGAAGGUCUGGGCGACUCUUUCUUGUCUCUGAAUUUGGACCUGUCCCCUGACACCGUGCGCAUGCUGGACAGUCUCGGUUGGCACACCUCCAAAUCCAGGUACAUACAGUUAUGUACAUACUAGUAUACACUGUAUAUGCUAGAUUCAUAUUUUAAAUUUUUAAGGUCUUCUGCUUUCAACCUACCCCAAACAGUCGCUAAAUAUGCAGUUCACCAGCCCUCUCCUGUUCUACCCUUACUACGGUCUGGGCAAGCCUCCGACGCCCCAGCUCACCAGGCGUCAACCGCUGGCUCUACAACCAGUUCUCCCAUACGGAAGAAGCACAAGCAUUCCUUGUCUUCUUCUACGGGGUCCAAGCGUAAGAAGUCUCACUCCUAACAGAAGGAUGACGCUUCAGCCGACAUCAUAUCAGCGGUCGGCAUGCUCUUGGAGAAGCUCUCUUCUAUAACCAGCCGUCUGGAACCCAGUCCUGCUCACGCAGCGACGGCUCCAGAUCCGGACCCUUUGCCGGAACGUGAUCUGCAUUCAUUGAUGAUCCAAUCUUCCUUUUAUGGUUUCGUUCCUUUGACUUACACAGGUUCUAGCGCAGACUACAUCUCACUUCCUGCUCCUGUCUCUGGCCACUCAAUAAGACAUGGUGACGUUCCUCCUUCCUCUGAUCAACUCCAGAUGGAACAGGAUACAUCCUCUGAAGAUGAGGAUAUCUCCUCUACAGCCAACCUUAACCCUCCUGAGGCACGGCUCCGUCUUCUUCAGAAAGAUAUAAUCCACAUAUUAGGGCUGCCUUCUAGUCAAUCUACGGCUGAGGCCUCUUUGCAAGCUGCCUUCAAACGCCACCCCACUAGGUUUGAGGCAUCACCGCCAAUUUUCCUGGAACUUCCACUUAACCGCUCAUGCGUCGAGAUGUCAAAAGUUAUCGCUGGUGCCAAACAAUGGCGUCUGUACCCGCCCAGGGCUUUGACUUAUUUCCAGUAUGCUAGGGAGGACUUUGACAACUUCCUCUCUUUGAAUCAACUGGGAAGGGAUGUUGGCCUAUGCUUUCCCUCCAAUAUCCCUAAUACCAGCAGUUCUCCCCAAGAUCGAACGGGAACGCUGCCGAGUCCCUCUCAACACCCCCUUCUGGCCACGCCAGCCAUGGUUCCCGUGUCUGACCAGACUUCUCGUCCGGGUACCAGUGAUCCUUCCCGACAGACUGGAUCUGCUAUAUCAACCGAAGUCAGGCGUGCUUCACCCUCAUCCGAGGUCACAACACCUGACCUGUUGGCUAUUCUCAAACAGUCCUUCAGAUCAACAGGACUUUCUGAUGAAGCUGCCGAAAUGGCCUCGAAGAGUCGACACCAGUCUACACGCAGCAUCUACGACUCCAGAUUACGACAUUUUACUUUUUGGUGUUCAGAGCGAAGUCUUGCUCCGACAGAAGUUUCUGUGACUUCUAUAGCUGACUUCUUCAUGCACCUGUUCAUAUCAGAUUUCCAGGUUUCAACUAUCUGUAACUACCAGUCAGCCAUUGUGGCUGUACACGAUGGUCUCCCAGAUGGUCCAACUGUGUCCGACAAUACUGCUCUUAAACAUAUACUCCGGGAAUGUUUCUUGAACAUCCCCCAACUAAGAGACUAAUUCCUUCAUGGGAUUUGUCACCUGUUCUCCAACUGCUCACUGGUCCCCCCUUGGAGCCUCUCAGUGAUGCAUCAUUGAUCAACCUAUUAGUGGAACUGGAAUUCCUACUAGCAGUUACUACCUCACAGAGUAGCAGUGAACUGAAGGCAUUGUCCAUUUCAGAUGGCCACAUCCGAUGGGAACCUCAUGGUGUUUGUCUCAUCCCAAUGCUAAGGUCUCUUACCAAGAACCAGUCAGUUUCCUUCCAUCCUCCUGACAUUUUUGUAGCAGACAUUGCUAAACACACUGGGACUCCUGACAACAAACCAUGGUGCCCAGCGCGAACUUUUAAAUGGUACUCGGCCAAAACCAGAAAACUCAGAAGUACAGCUUCGGAGCUUUUCAUCACUACAAUAAAACCUCACCUAGCUGCGACCAAAGACACUAUAGCCGGAUGGAAAGUUUCAGGUAUCAAGUUUGCCAACCCAGAUUGGCCAAGCUCUGUGGACAAUGAAACACAACGCCUCAUCAGGGCUCAUGAUAUCCGAGCAUUUUCCACAUCAUGGGCCUACUUCAGGGGCGUACCGAUGGAGGAAAUACGCAAGGCAGCAUGAUGGAAGACCCCAUCUACUUUCCCCACAUGCUACCUCACCAAUGUUCUGCAAAAGGACUCCGCACAUGGCAGAGCGGUCCUAACAUAGGCCACAUCGAUGCCAAAGGGUUCCUCAUCGAAGCAGUCCAUCCACUGGAACGAUAUAGCAACUCCAUCAUUUGGUGAGUCGGCAAUUAAGUCUGGACAAUUUCAUUCUC